AUGGUUGAUACGGAAUGGCCAUUGAAGUGUGAUCGUCGUGCUGCGGUGUUAUGCGUAGCUGAUGACGCCUGCCUUAAAACUAUAUUAGACAAAAAACUGGACAUAGCGACCCACAGGAACAAAACUCCUCAAUUCUUUAUCGAAGAUGCUGAAAUUCGAAUCAUAGAAAGACAAGCACGAAUUUAUAAUGAUUUUUGUAUGAAACCAAUCCCAUAUACCAUAGUCAGACACGAACGGUUUGACGAAGUAGUGGCAAUUAGGUACAUACCUAAAAAUACUGUGUUGUUUGAGUUGUGCGGGCAACUGUAUGCGGUCAGCGACCAUUUUUUAAUACCAGGAGUAAAUGACUUCUCGACGGUGACAUCAAGUAUAAAUGAUAAGGACUACAUGUUCCUUGGUCCAGUUGCCUUCAUCAAUCACGAUUGUAGUCCAAAUGUUCAGUGGCACAGCCGAAGUAAAUCAUUAUCUUGUGUCAAGACAAUUAGAAACAUUCUAACAAACGACGAAAUCUUAGUGUCCUAUGGACACCACUAUUUUGCAGUAAGUAUGGAUAUCAUUCAGGAGGAUGCAGUGACACAGCAAACUGUGAAGCAAAGUGUGAUAGACUUAAUUAAUAUAAACAAAAGUGAUGAUCAGAAUAGUGACUACGACGAUGAUGAUGAUAGCAGUGAUUGUGAAAAUCAUAUAUCAAAUGAUAAUGUUAAUGCAUACCAAUGUGACCAAUGCCAGAGAACAUUCAAAUUUCAUUCAUGGUUUAAGAACCACAAGACCGCCCACAUUGCAGUUGGCAUACAUCAGUAUAACUAUUGUCCAAAAAAAUUCAAAAGAAAAGAUAACCUACAACGGCAUUUCUUAAGCCACUUCGGUGGCGUCAACUUUGACUGUACCCAAUGUGGGAUCCAUUUACACAAAUGUUCUCAAUGCGAAAUGAGAUUUAAAGAUGAAAGGAAUAAACGGUACCACGAAAAUGUAAAGCACAAUAAUGUGUAUCCUUUUGUGUGCCCUUGCGGAGCAAAAUUCGGUGCCCCAAACCUUUUGUGUCGUCAUAGAAGAAAAAAUUUUUGUAAAGCGGCAGGUGCUGGCCAGUCCAGUGCAAGUGGACGUGAAAAAGCAUCAACUACAAAACCUGACAAAAUCACAACACUGCAUACUACACAAUCGAAGUUCAAAAGACCUAAACCAAUGCACGCUAAUGCAAAUGAACAAAAAAAAUCAUUCUCGUGUCAAGUGUGUAAGGCAACACCGGAACAUUUAUUUAUUUAUUGUCCGGACUUCAAACAAAAAACACCAGCCGAAAGACAUCAGUUGAUAAAGGAUCUCAAUCGAUGUUACUUGUGUUUCAGUGAACACAUGUCGGUGGACUGCAAGAGUACACGAGUGUGUGAGGUGUGUGGGAGACGCCAUCAUUCUUGGCUACAUUGGGACAACAAUGCAGUGGAGGACCAAUCAAAUACUUUAUUGUCCUCUGUAGGCAAUUUGCCAAUACGCUCACAAGUGCUCAUGUCUACCGUAGAAAUUCUCAUACAAGACGCCAAUGGGUGUUAUCAAAGAGCACGAGCAUUGUUAGAUUCUGCUAGUGAGAGUAGCUACAUGACCGAAAGUUGUCGACAUAGACUAGGUGUAUCGCGGCAGAAGUGUCAUUUAGCAGUUAGUGGCAUAUCUGGAGUGAAAGUACCCACGAUAAAAGCUCGAGCGCAAGUAAUUAUUCGCCCUGUACGACACCAUGAACCGCAAAUGACAAUCGAAGCGUAUGUAGUAACACAAAUUACCGGAUGUACACCGUCCAAACAUAUACGAGAUGCAGAUUGGGUGCAUCUAAAAGAUCUAGCCGAUCCAAAUUUCAACGAACCAUUACCUGUAGACGUACUGCUAGGCGCCGAAGUUUUCCCCUACAUCAUACGAAGUGGGCGACGGGAGAAUUUACUAAGUGAGCCAGUUGGUAUCGAAACAGUGUUCGGUUGGGCUCUAAUGGGAAACACUGGUAACACUAAUCCUAAGAGAAGCACUACGUUAUUAACAUCUUUGGACAGUGUAGAUCUUGUGUUACGACGGUUCUGGGAAAUAGAGGAAGUACCAAAUGCGUCAAAGACGAGUCCGGCAGAAGAGGAAUGUGAGCGUAUUUAUCAUUCUACGACUACACGAGAAUCAGAUGGUCGAUACGUUGUACAUUUACCAUUCAAUUGCAAACCGCCGCAGCUUGGACAGUCACGACAAAUGGCCCUCAACCGGCUUUAUCGUUUAGAAUCCCGACUAGAUAAGUUGCCGCAGCUACGACAACAAUACAAUACUGCCAUGCAGGAUUAUCUCGAUAGCGGUCACAUGCAAAUAGUACCAGAAGCCACACCCGAACCGGAACAGGCUUAUUAUACUCCACAUCAAGUAGUGAUUAAACCUGACAGUACUACUACAAAAGUGAGAGUUGUGUACGAUGCGUCAGCUACUACUUCGAACGGGAAGUCGUUGAAUGACAACCUUUAUCCUGGUAAAAAAUUACAACAAGACUUGCCGGGUAUAAUCAUCAGAUUCCGGGUACAUGAAGUUGUGGUUACAGCUGACAUUAAGCAAAUGUUCAGGCAAAUCAUCGUUACUCCCGCACAUAGACAAUAUCAGCGGCUCCUUUACCGAUUUCAAAGUUCAGAACCUAUUCAAACUUUUGAAAUGACCACUGUGACCUUCGGCCAACGAUCUUCACCAUUCUUAGCAAUAAGAACGCUACUUCAAUUAGCGAGCGACGAAGCAGGUGGCUACUCGGAUGUUCAACGAGUUCUGCGUAACGAUCUGUAUGUGGACGAUGUGGUCACUGGUGCCGACUGUGUAGAAAGUGCGCUUCGACUUCAACAAAAUCUCAUAAAAGUUCUAAAGAAUGGGCAGUUUGAACUACGUAAAUGGUCCAGUAACUCGGCUAAGGUAUUAGACGCCUUACCCAAAGAACAUCGACAAAACCAAGACGUUACGUUUAACGGAGGUGAAAUUGAGUUUACCAAAGUACUUGGUUUAAAGUGGGAGCCAAAUAGUGACGUAUUAACCUAUCAACACCAAACGAAUUCUAUACAGUUUAGCAAACGUCAUAUUUUAUCGGAAAUCGCGCGUAUUUACGACCCUAUUGGGCUGUUAGCGCCUGUAACCACUCAUCUCAAGAAGCUUAUGAAAUAUUUAUGGUCACUGGGUGUUGGAUGGGAUGACCCAUUGCCCCAAGACGCGAUGGAUGCUUGGAAGUGUUAUCACAAUGAAUUACCACUAAUAAUAGGACAAGUACGAGUGCGACGACAAGUUACUUGCACCGGAUCGACCUACGAACUACAUGGAUUUUGCGACAGCUCGGAGAUUGCCUACGCCGCUGCUGUGUACAUCUUAGCUCKAARACCAGACGGGACCAUGCAUUGUCAGCUUCUAAUGGGCAAAUCAAAAGUAGCACCCGAAAAAAAGUUGUCCAUUCCCAGAUUGGAAUUAUGCGGAGCACUACUCCUCGCUCGAGUUAUCACUUAUGUGCGUACCAACCUAACUACAUUACAGAUAAGCCGCACCACUGCCUGGUCGGACUCAACAGUAGCUCUAGCAUGGAUAAAAACACCAACUUCGAAACUAAAAACUUUUGUAGCAAACCGUGUUGCCCAGAUACAGCAUAUGACGUCACCAGAUACAUGGAGACACGUGCCAACUGCACAUAAUCCGGCAGACUGUGCAUCGCGUGGUUUGACCCCAGGAGAAUUAGUCAACCAUACCAUGUGGUGGAUGGGGCCAGACUAUCUGAAGAAACCAGAGGAGUUAUGGCCUAAAAUCGACAUAAUCGCAUCAGAUGAGAACGAAAAAAAUGAACACGUUGAGACCAAAAUAGUUACACUGAUGACUACUGAAACCAUAACCGAAUGCCCACUCCUAUAUCAAUCGGACAAUUGGCCUAAAAUUCUGCGUUUAACUUCUUACUGGCUUCGAAUGCGCGAUUGUUUACGGAAGAAGGCCGUGCCAGAUAAAGCUGUUCCACCCGCCACAGUGGAGACAACCAAUGCGAUGUGGGCUCUGGUUCACUGGACGCAAAGAGUUUUCUUCGCAGAAGAGAUAGAAAACCUGCGGAACCACCGUAAGUGUUCCAUAAAGUUACGGACAUUGGCCCCUUUUUUGGACAAACAGAAUCUACUUCGAGUGGGAGGACGCCUGCGACAUUCAGAUUUGUCCUACAAUGGAAAAUACCCAGUGCUUUUGCCCAAAGAAGCUCGCUUGACGGCAGUUCUGAUUGACUACGUGCACCGUAGUAAUUGCCAUCCAGGUCCCAACGCAGUACAAAACAUUCUGCAACAGUCCUUUUGGAUAAUAUCGGUGCGAGGUGUUAUCCGAAAGAGAAUACAUCGUUGCAUACCUUGCUUCCGAGCUAGUCCUCGGUCCCCAUAG